GAUGGGGCAAUCGAAACCAUUGCAGGUGGUGUUACUUGGUAAAACAGGAGCAGGGAAGAGUGCAACAGGAAACACCAUCCUGGGACGAGACGGGUUUCUCUCAAAGAAGAGUUCUGCAUCUAUUACCAAUAACAUUGUGAUACAAAAUGUCAUCAUCAAGGGUAGGCAUCUUGUUGUGUAUGACACUCCAGGAUUCUGUGAUCCCGAUCGACCCAAGGAGGAAAUUGAGCAGACUUUUGAGGAAGUCGUCAAGUUAACCUCAUCUGGCCCCCGUGUGUUUCUCCUGGUGGUCAAGAUCGACAGAUUCACAGCAGAGGAGAUGAGUGUUGUCAGUAAAGUAGAAGAUCUUCUAGGAGAAAGUCUUUUGAAGCAAACAUGGAUCCUGUUCACCAGAGGAGAUGAGUUGGAGAGGCAGACAAUAGAAGAAUUCAUAGCUGAAUCAAAACACCUCAAAGAAGUGAUGAUAAAGUAUGGGAGAAGGUACCAUGUGUUCAACAACAAGAAUAAGGAUCCCAAGCAGCUCAAAUCACUGCUGAGAAAGACAUUUCCUUGUCUCUAUCCGAAGACACCAAAGAACCUCCCCUCCCCUCCUCUGAAUUACAAUAUUACAGAAAAAAGGAUGGUUCUGCUCGGCAAAAGUGGUGUUGGGAAGAGUGCAACAGGAAACACAAUCCUUGGUGGGAGAGAUUUCCUUUCUGAACAAAGUAUGUCUUCUGUAACACGUAAAACUCAAAUGAAGCAGACAGCAGUAUAUGGGAGGGAUAUCAGUGUGGUUGACACUCCAGGACUGUUUGACACAACGCUUACUGCUGAAGAAUUAACAUAUGAGAUUGGUAGAAGCAUCGUUGAGUCUAGUCCAGGGCCUCAUGCCUUCCUCUUAGUUCUGCCAGUGAAUGUCAGGUUCACAGAGCAGGAGGAGGAAGUCAUUAAACUCUUGGAGGAACUGUUUGGGUCAGGAAUGGCAAAGUAUGCCUUCAUUGUCUUCACUCAUGGAGAUAAGCUAAAGGGUAACAUAGAGAACGAGAUCAAAAAUAACAAAGCCCUCAGUAGAGUGGUAGAGCAGUGUGGAGGGAGGUACCAUGUCCUCAACAAUAAAGCUAGAAGAAACAGAGAUCAGGUCACAGAGCUGAUGGAGAAGAUAGACAGAAUGGUGGAGGAGAAUGGAGGAACCUGCUACACCAAUGAGAUGUUUAAGGAGGCAGCCAGGGUUAAGAAAGAGGAGGAGGAGAGGAUCCAGAGGGAGAAGGAGAGGAUACAUAGAGAGAUAGAGGAGAGGAUCCAGAGGGAGGAGGAGAUGAUCCAGAAGGAGAAAAAGCAACAUGUUCAGAAAGACACAGAGCAAAGGUAUAAAGAAGAAUCAGACAGGCCUCUCAGAGAUGGAACAGAGAUAAAUGAAGAUACAAUUAGAAGAGAAGAAGAGGAAAACCAGAGCUGUAACAUCACCAGCAGCAUAGCCUCUGAGUAA